AUGGCAGCCAGCAGGGGGCGACCUAAUAUUGGCUGCAGAUGGUUAAGUCCAAAGACCUUCAGUGGUUGGGUUUUUAAUAGCGGUCAAGCUGUAGAUCCUAGCUACACAGGAUUUGCAGCGUUGCGAAUCCAAUACGGGGCUACGACCCAAGUACACCUAACUCUUGGGAACUCCGAAUUCGAGCUGGUUGAGGACUUGGAGUGCAACAAGAGACCUUGGGAGACGCUGCCGAUUCAGGAUCUCGUCCGCCAAGACCACACAGACUUAGCCACGAUGCUGGAAAUAGAACUGAACAACCCCUUCCUAAAAGACGGCCUCCGCAUAAUCGUGCCUCCAGAUAUCGACCACGACACCUGCCACAACUUACAGACUUUAAAACACUUACAUUCCGAAUUAUACUCGAAAAGGGACUUAAUACUUAAGAAUUUCAAUCCAGUGUAUUUGUAUGCGGUGGACAGAAUCGGCAAGAAUGUGUUCAGUGAUAGUUUUGUGUCGAAUAUGGUGACGUCACGGAGCGAGGAGGACUUUUGGAGUUCGUUCAACUUGUAUAAUAUGACCCGGUUGAGUUGUGACAGUGGGGAGAACGGGGAGGGUGGCGAAAGUGAUAAAAGUGAGGUGGUGGAGGAAAGACCGUGGAAGGGAGGCGGGGAGCCGGCUGUGUUUACGUCAGAGAACUGCCUAGACCUCCACCAAGUGAAAGACAUCAACCCGCACUCCCAAGUUCUGUUCGUGCUGUUCUCUGACAGCAGAGACAUCAGAGAAGGGAACCGAAGGGAAGACAGAGUGAGGGUGUGCAUAGAAGCCACGGAGUCCACGGAAGACGCCGUGUACUCCGCUGAGGAGUUGCCCGAGUCAGACCAGGAGCUUAUAAGACAUUCCGAAGAAUCUCCGCGGCCAAAGAAGAAAUCGACUGACAGCAGAAGACUGAACGAAGAACAAAACGCAUUCAUGAAUGAUUUACUUGAUCAAUGGGAAUUAAUGUCCAACCCCACCCCAAAACACUACGUAAAGAGCCAAUCCCUAAUAAUAGACGACAGCGAAAUCCUGCGCACAUCAGAACAACGGCCUUUAGCGCCGCCGAUCGCAAACGCCAUACUCAACGCCGACUCCAGGAGUAAGCGGGACGGAGAGAGCGAUCGUAUAGUGAAGAGCAGGACGGCGCUACUGAAUAACACCGUGAAGUUUGCUACGGAUUGUUUGCAAAGUUAUUUGCUGGAGUAUUGCACUAGGUUGAGUGAGAACCACGUCAAACUGCUCCAGCAGUUCAUCCUAGCAUCUUUCGACAUGGCCCGCGAGUUACAAGUCGUCCCCAAGAAAAUACAAUACGUGGCUACUCAAGAACAGCAGUUGUACGAGACGAUCAAUGAGAAGUUCUCUGACGGGGAUAAGAAACAGGAAUUGCUGCAAAUUAUGCAGGAGGUUCUGCAGGAGAUGAGAGCUGAAGUUAAUAAUAUGGACUGGAGUGUCGAUGACCUGCCCUGCCACCAAGACCGUCGCUUCGUGAUAUCAAACUCGGUGUUCUACUCGUGGUCUCCCACCAGUCCUGGCCGCGUCUGCCUGACCGAACCAGCGGAUGCCACUGCGUCCGCAUCCGCAUCCGACGGGGAGGAGGCGGUGUCCUGUGACAGCUACAACUUUGAGGAUUAUGAGAUCAUACAGGAGACUGAUGAAAGCUUGAGCGUCAGCGAGUCUUUUCCGGGCCGCGUCCGCCUGACCGAACCAGCGGAUGCCGCUGCGUCCGCAUCCGCAUCCGCAUCUGAUGGGGAGGAGGCGGUGUCCUGUGAUAGCUACAAUUUUGAAGAUUAUGAGAUUAUACAGGAGACUGACGAGAGCUUGAGCGUGAGCGAGUCUUAUAGGAAGUCGAAGAAAGACGACUCGAGCCCGGUCUCGUCCCAGAUCGGCUCCAUCCGCAUCGAGAAUGAGUCGUCCAGCUGGGGCUCGCCGCGUUGGAGCGCCGGUGCCGUCUGCAACAACGACAGCAACAUGUCGCUGAAACAAGCUUCGCUGGACGUUCAGCAGACUGUUCUGUCGAAAUUGAGUCGCAAGAUCAGCCUGAAGUUAGUGAAAUUCGUCGACUGCCUCAAGGAUACAUAUUUUGGAACGCUGCAAAGAUGCCUGGAAUCUCUGGAGUCUUCUUGCCGCCAGGAGUUAGGUGGGCGGCCGGCCAGCGAGGCCAUGCGACAAUUACUGUCAGUGGCGCGCCAAGUGGACUUGCAGCCCUGUGCUUCCUUCUCACUGCUGCGUUCAAUGCUGGACUCGCUACGGCGACUGUUCUCCAAACUGCGGAUAGUAGGCAGCGAGGGCGAAGAAGCGUGCUGUGUGCUGAGUCCCGUGUGGCGGCGCCAGGUGGCACUACACACGGCGCACUCGCUCGGCCCGCAGCGCCUGGCCCGGGUCAUCUCCGCGCAGCGCCUGGCCCGCGUCAUCUCCGCGCAGGUGAGACACGAGACCUCGCUCCCUCUCGCUCCCGCGUGGCGGCCAGGUGUGCUCACACGGCGCACUCGCUCGGCCCGCAGCGCCUGGCCCGCGUCAUCUCCGCGCAGGUGUGCUCACACGGCGCACUCGCUCGGCCCGCAGCGCCUGGCCCGCGUCAUCUCCGCGCAGGUGAGACACGAGACCUCUCUCCCUCUCGCUCCCGUGUGGCGGCCAGGUGUGCUCACACGGCGCACUCGCUCGGCCCGCAGCGCCUGGCCCGCGUCAUCUCCGCGCAGGUGUGCUCACACGGCGCACUCGCUCGGCCCGCAGCGCCUGGCCCGCGUCAUCUCCGCGCAGAUAUUAGAGAGGCUGAGUGAUGCCCACGAGAGGUACCAGUCAGCUCUCACGUCUCUGGAGUCGGCGCUGGCCAACCGGCUGCAUCACACCGAAGAUAUUAAGCUAGCUAUUAGGAAAAAAUACGCUCCGUCCUUUGCGCGGUUAUGUCUCGAGAGCACAUCAAUGUGUGAUUUGCUCAUGUACGGGACUCCGGAGUUGGGAAGAGAAAUUGGGCGCGGGCAGUACGGCGUGGUUUACGCGGUCCGCGGCGGCUGGGGCGGGCGCAGCCCCGCCGCCGUCAAGUCCGUGCUGCCGGCCGACGAGCGGCACUACCACGAGCUGGCCAUGGAGUUCUUCUACACCAGGAGCAUCCCGGCUCACCCGCGCAUCGUCCGUCUAUACGGGUCGGUGGUCCAGCGCCACAGCGGCGCCGGGCCCAGCGUGCUUCUGGUCUCGGAGCGGAAGGUCCGCGACCUGCACUCAGCCGUGCGAGCGGGCCUGAGCCUCGCCUGCCGGAUGAGGAUCAGCUGCGAUAUUGUUGAAGGCAUCCGCUACCUCCAUUCCUUCGGUCUCGUCCACCGGGACAUCAAGAUGAAGAAUGUCCUUCUAGACGAGUCUAACAGAGCCUCGCUGUCCGACCUGGGCUUCUGCGCGGCCGAGGCUCUGAUGUCAGGGUCGGUGGUGGGAACACCAGUACACAUGGCGCCUGAACUGCUGGCUGGUGGAUAUGACGCGGCUGUUGAUGUCUACGCCUUCGGGGUGCUGUUCUGGUACGUGUGCGCUGGUAACAUCAAGCUACCUUCGGCAUUUGAGAUGUUCCAGAAUAAGGAGCAGCUUUGGAGCAAGGUCAAAAGAGGCCUCCGUCCAGAACGCCUGCCUCACUUCUCCGACGAAUGCUGGGAGGUCAUGGAGGCUUGCUGGCACCCCGAGCCCUCCCAAAGGGCCCACUUAGGUGACAUACAGCCCAAAUUGGAACGGAUACUGGAGCAAGCCAUGCAGUGCAACUACAACAAUGAACCUUGUGUCGAUAGGAAUACGGAUCUAGAUGUCUCGGACGAAGAUAGCUUGGAUAUGACCGGGAUUCAUGGCAAUGGUGUAUAAAGCUGUCAUUAACUACAAUAAUGAACCAUGUGUCGAUAGGAAUAAGGAUGAGGUUAGCUUGAACAUGAAUGAAGUUGGGAAUGAUGUAUAAGCUACUAUUAUGAACCCUAUGUCGAAGGAAAUAAGAACUUAAGUGUAUUAGCGAUCGUUUAUUAAAAGAUAGCAUGUAGGCGACAUACAGCCCAAGUUAGAACUUACUAGAACAAGCGAUGCAUUGCAACUACAUUAAUGAACCCUGUGUCUAUAGGAAUAAGGAUGAAGAUAGCUUGGACAUGAUCGGCAGUUACGGUAAUGGUGUGUAAGCUACUAUUAUGAACCCUAUGUCGAAGGAAAUACGGACCUAAGUCGAUCCUUUAUUAAAUAAGAGCACCACAGAGACAUACGCUCGUAUUCACAAACAAUGCUUGCUUAAGUGAAGCAGCCAAUCGAACGCACUGCUUGAAUAGAGCUCUGAGAUUGGUCCACGUGCACUAUGAGACCUCAUAGUAAUGUCUGUGAAUACGCGCGAUGCAGCCCAAGUGAACGGAUACUGGAACAAGCCAUGCAGUGCAAAUACAACAAUGAACCCUGUGUCUAUAGAUAUAAAGAUGAAAUUAGCUUGGACAUGACCGGCAUUCACGGGAAUGGUGUGUAAGAUACAAUUAUGAACCCUAUGUCGAAGGAAAUAAGAACUUAAGUGUAUUAGCGAUCGUUUAUUAAAAGAUAGCACUAAGGCGACAUUCAGCCCAAGUUAGAACGGUAUACUAGAGCAAGUAAUGCAGUGCAACUGCAAAAAUGAACCUUGCGUGGACAGUAAUAAGGAUGAAGAUAGUUUGGACAUGAUCGACAUUCGCUAGAAUGGUGUGUAAGAUACAAUUAUGAACCCUAUGUCGAAGGAAAUAAGGACCUAAAUGUAUAAGCGAUCCUUUAUUAGAAUCAUCCCAAGUUAGAACGUAUACUAGAGCAAGCGAUGCAGUGCAAAUACAAGAAUGAACCUUGUUUUUAUAGGAAUAAGGAUGAAAAUUGCUUGGACGUGACCAGCAUUCAUGGGAAUGGUGUGUAAGCUACAAUUAUGAACCCUAUGUCGAAGGAAAUACGGACCUAAGUGUAUAAGCGAUCCUUUAUUAGAAUAUAGCACUUAGGUGACAUACAGCCUAAAUUAGAACGGAUACUGGAACAAGCGAGGCAGUGCAACUACAACAAUGAAGCUUGUGUCGAUAGGAAUAAGGAUGAAAAUUGCUUGGAUAUGACUGGUAUACAUGGCAAUGGUGUAUAAGCUACUAUUAUGAACCCUAUGUCGAAGGAAAUACGGAUAUAAGUGUAUAAGCGAUCCUUUGUUAAAAGAGAGCACCACAGAGACACGCUCGUAUUCACAAACGAUGCUUGCUUAAGUGAAGCAGCCAAUCAAACGCACAGCGUUGAAUAGAACUCUAUGAUUGGUUCGUGUGUCACCCUGUGCGUCCACGCGCACUGUGAGACCUCAUAGUAAUGUUUGUGAAUACGGGCGAUACAUCCCAAGUUAAAACGGAUACUGGAACAAGCGAUGCAGUGCAACUGCAAAAAUGAACCUUGCGUGGACAGUAAUAAGGAUGAAAAUAGCUUGGACAUGACCAGCAUUCACGGAAAUGGUGUAUGAGCGAUUCACUAACUACAACAAUGAACCCUAUGGCGAUGGGAAUACGACCUAAGAGAUGUCUUGGAUGAAAAUAGCUCGAGCAUGAAUGCCGUCACGCGAAUAGAGUGUAAAUAAAAUAUUAUUAUGUAGGGUGAAUAUGAAUUAUAUUUUAUGUCUAAAGCCUGGUCCGUGAGCACGUAGAAUCCCGCGACUGUGCGACGGGCGCCCGCAGUGAGUGUGCGAGCGCGACAGCAACAUAAUUACGCGCGAGCGAUAAGGAUGGGUUGCUAGGGGUCAUUGGACAAAAUUCUACGUGCUCACGGACCAGGCUUUAGCCGUUAACUGAGUCAGUGCUUGACGUAUGGGAGCGGCAUGAGAGGAUGUUUUUGAGACGUCAAACGUCAACCAGACUUCAGACAUGUUUCAGAUUUUGUAUGCCUCUGUGGUCUAGUGAUUAGACCACCUGCUUCAGACGCAGAGGUCCCGGGUUCGAUUCCCAGUGGGGGCAGAAUUUUCUGUUCGGUUUGGUUGGUGGUAGGGCUUGUUCCAAGUCCGCCUGGCUAGCUACCACCAUCUUACCUAAGUCUGUCGCCAUAACAACAAUGUUAACAGCAUUGUUGUGUUCCGGCAGUUAGAGGCAAGAUAGCCAGUUCCUCUGUGGUUGGGGAUUCCGGGUGAAGCUCGCUUCCUAUACCUCGAGCACUGACAGAGUUAAAAAAAAGCGCUAGAAUUUAAAUAAAUGAACUUUUUACACUACAAUAAUCUGUACCUACUCAUAAAAGUAAGAUCUAUUCGUCUUCGUUUCAGCUAAAUGACGUCCACUGCUGGACAAAGGCCUCCCCCAAGGUUUUCCAUAGUGGAAAAAGAUAUAUAAGAUUUCACAAUUUAAAACCUUGUGUCCGUAACAAUAUGGAUUAUUUUUGCUAAAAUGGCAUAUUUAAGAAACAAAGGUUCACUAUAAAUUGUAUAAACUAUAUUUUUAUAAUCUACUAUUUAUUUAUAAGAAGAUCUCAAGACGCAUUCACUGUCACUAGGUUUUUAUAAAUAUCAAUUAAAUGUGUCGGAUCAUGUAAAAUGAACUCUAUUCCACGGGAACACAGAUCAAAAUAGGUUAGAUAUUUUGAUACUAAUUGGCAAUACGUUUUUUAAUAUGUGGAAAAUACUAUCAUGUUUGAUAUAAAGCUGUAUUCGCUUGCAAAACAUGUGCAAAUAAUAUGCCUUAAGCGACAGUGCACACUACGACAAAUCGCGGUAUAUAUUAGCUGUUGUCGCGACUCCGCGACAAGUCGCGACAAGCUAAUAAUUAUGAAAUGACGCGCGUCUGUUGCCGUGAUUUGUCGUCCAGUAUGCGCUGUCGCAAAAAAUUGAGACUAAAGCCCGG